CUCUCCUCCGUGGUUUCAUCUGGACUUUGGGUGAGUCUGACAAGAAGAUGCCACGAGGAUUUUUAGUGAAACGGAGUAAACGUGCCUCGUCUACAUCCUACAAGGUGCGUGCGCAAGAAGAAAAAGAGCCGCGCAAAGAGGACCUGUCUACCCAAACUCAAAAUGCACGUGUGCCGGACGUGCUGGAACCUAUUACAGAAUCAUGGACAAGUGACAUUAGCUCUAAACAUGAGCAGAAACAUCUUCUGGAGGACUCUGGAGGGUUUGUUGGAGAGAGCGAUUACGCGCAGAGUUACUUCAGUCAUCCCGAGCAGAGCGCGUCGUCUCCGCGCAACAGCACCGACUCCUACAGCCCGAUCAAACCCAUCAGCACGGAGCUUUUGGACAGGUGUCUGAGCUCACCAGCCAUGGCAGAAUCAUUUCCCUUGGUCACCCCGGUGUCUUCAAUCGAGCGUCUGCUAAUGAACCACUCUGCCAUGAAGUUUGGCACACCGGUGCCCUCAUCGCUGCCCCCCUACCCUGCCUUUCAUCAAUGCGUAAAACGCGCGUUCAUGGACUCAGAGCGCAAGAGCAAACCACCAAAAAAGCCUAAAGUCAUCAGAAAGCUCAAUUUUGAAGACGAAGUCACCACCUCACCAGUCCUCGGGCUUAAAAUCAAAAAAGAAUGUCCCGAGUCAAAACUAGCACCACAAAGUGGUAGAAAAAAACCGCUCGGUGAGUUCAUCUGCCAGCUUUGUAAGGAAGAAUACUCUGAUCCGUUUUCUCUAGCCCAGCACAAGUGCUCCAGGAUCGUCCGGGUUGAGUACCGCUGUCCGGAGUGCGACAAAGUUUUUAGCUGUCCUGCCAACCUCGCGUCCCAUCGCAGAUGGCACAAACCUCGCAGCCUGAGCACCGGAGACGCGAAGAAGUCUCAGCUGGAGGCGCGUAUCCACGAGAAGACCUCAGUGGAGGGGAAGGAGAACGCCAGUAAGUUGAGAGUGAACAACCAGCACCAGCUGAGUCUGGACAGCUCCCAACACCACAGAUCAGCACCGGACAGCAACAUGAUGCACAGGGGAUCCCAAGACCCUCCAAUGGACCAGAGGUACCCGUCCUCGGAGAAAUGCUUUGAGAUGCAUAUCGGCUCCGCGGACAGCUCGAGGUUGUUCGAUCACUGCCCCGAGGAGCCUGACAGGUCCAGCACCCCCUACCUGCCCGCGUCCGUUCCAGAAGAAGUGUUUGAGUGUCACUACUGUAGCAAGAAGUUUCGCAGGCAAGCCUACCUGAGGAAACACCUGGCCGCGCACGAGACGAUCAGAACAGCCUCAUACGGCCACAUUGAAAGCGGACAGAUCACUUUCCCGUGUCACCUGUGCGGAGCGCACUUCCCCUCCGUGGAGAUCAGGGAAAAACACCGACUCUGGCACGCGGUCAGAGAUGACUUACUACUCAGACCUGAUCUGAGUCCUGGAGAACAGCAGAUAUUCUCAUGCAAACACUGCCCCUCCACGUUCUUCAGUUCUCCGGGUUUGACCAGACACAUCAACAAGACUCAUCCCACAGAGAACAGACAGGUGAUGCUCUUACAGAUGGCCGUCAGGCCGGGAUGCUGA